GAAGCUAUUGAAGAAGAAGCAGACCCUCCUUUGCUUCCUGCGGCGAAGAAAGCAAAACACGACAGCCAGUGUCCUCCAGAGCUGGAAGCUGAAAGCGUUAAUCAUAGAACUGGAAAGGUGAAGGCAUCCACUAAAAAACCACCAGUGUCCAGGAGCAGAAGAGCCGCUUCAACCAGAGUGAUGCGCCUGAACAAAAGAUCCAGCAAAACCAACUUUAUCACUCCAGCUAAUGGUAGAGUUCUUGAUCUCAGUGCUCGGGGAGGUACCUCCAUGAUCACACCCAAAUUUGAUUCCAGAAUUUUCAAGACGCCGGGUUUGCGCACGCCUGCGGGAAACGAACGUGUCUACACCGUCUCUGCCAACGGCAGCCCCCUUGCUGACAGCAACGAUAUCUUCAUUACAGUCCCUGUCGGAGGAGGGGAGAGCAUUCGUUUAACAGCGAGUGAUUUGACCAAGAAGAAUCUUCUUCGUCUGAAUCCGGAGGCCCAAGGAAUUGUGAAGAAGCUAUCGGUUCGUCUCGCACAAGCUUGUAGCGGUGCAAAAACCUAG